GCGCUCGGCCUCCCGCGCUGGGCGGCUUCGCCCGAUCCUCUCAGGCCCAUGGCCAAGCGGCGUGCGGCCGAGCCGCUAACGUUCCACGUGCCUUGGAAGCGGCCCUUGCUCUGCAACUUUCCGGAGGAGCCGCCGCCGCUCUGGAUCCCACCGGCGGCGGCCUCGCAUCCUGGGCAGCACCUUGGAGUCCCGGAGCUGCCCCGAAAGCGCAAAAUCGACGCGGGGGCUAUGACUGAGCCUUCGGGUUCGCCCAGCAAGCGCCACGAUUGUGGGGACAGCAACGCUCAGGGCAGCGCGGAGGGUGAGGGCCGCGGCUUGGAGACCGGCGAGCCCUCGCUGUUGCAGCAGCCGCCCCUGCGGCCCCGCGGGCCGGGGGAGGAGCCCGGGGGCGCCCGGCCCCCGAGGGGCGGUGGCGACAACGGGGUGGGGCGCGCAGAGCCCCCGCGGGGAGACUGGGGGGCCGCACCGCGCCAGCUCAAUGAAGAGUUUUGGCAGUAUAACACCUUCCAGUAUUGGAGGAAUCCUUUACCACCUAUUGAUCUGGCAGACAUUGAAGAUGUAAGUGAAGAUAACCUUACAGAAGCAAGGCUUCAGGGCAAGGAUGAAGUAGUUGAAAUUGACAUGGAGUCCUGACAGGAGCUGAAGAAAGGGGCUUUUCUGAAUUUGAGAAGACAUCUCAAUGAAUUUCUGUAUUCUUAAGGAAAAAAGUUAUUUUCCAUACUUUAUGUGAUUUCUUUCCAAACUUGAAAAAUGAGGAGAGGCUGUUCUUAAAGAUCAAUGCCUGCAAGUCACUAUGGAAACUGCCAAUAGGAUUUGUCAAUGAUGUAAUGCAGUUUUAAGGGAAGUAUUUUAUGUGUGCAUUCUUAAAGAAAAAUUUGUGCUUACAUUCUAAAUUUGAAGAUACCAACCUUAUAAAAAGGAAUUCUGACAGUUUAAGAAAUAGGUAACAUUCAAAUAGUCCUCUCUGCAACAAAAUGUUAAUUUGUGGUACAUAAAAUGAGUGUUGUUUUAUAAUAACUUAAUAAAAUGAUUAAUAUGCUUUAUUGACUCUUCUUAGUUGAACAAAUAGCUGACAAACAUCUAUGCAAACUUAAAAUGUGGGGAAUUCUUUCUGAAAGCUGGUAUUAUGAAAGCUUUCUAAAAAAUAAAAAUUUAAAAGUUUUCUAAAUGUAAAGUAGUGAGAAUUUCAGUGUGAGUAGGAUGUUUGUUAAGCUCUAUUUUGGGCUAUCAAAAAUGGAUAACAACGAGAAAUGAGUAGGUGCUUUCUUCCCCACUUUCCUAAGAUAAAAGGAAAGAAGUUUAUUGUAUUUCUUUUUAAAAACAUUUUUUUUUUUGGUCUUGAAAUGCCUUGAGGACAUGGUUUUUAUUGCUUACUACUAUAGACUUGUAGUUCUCAACACUGGCAACACUUCACAAACCUUUGCCUGGGCCCUUUCUCAUUUAAUUGUUCUGAUUUCUGAUGUGGGCCUUGGAUACAGCUGUUUCUCUAAGCCCCAAUCCUCUUUCCUCCCUCCCCACCCACUUCACGUUCCUCUAAUGUGCAGACAGGUUUGAGGACCACUGGACUACUGGUAGUUUUUCCUGUUUAAAGGAGAUAAUUUGGACUGAAGCAAUCCCUCUUACUUAGCUUUGUUUUUAUUUUACUGUAUUGAUGGUUUUGUUACAACUAAAUUAUUGCAUAGUUACUAUUUCAUUGUUAAAUAAAGUAAGCAAUUUGUGUUUGAGUUAUAUGAGCAUCAAUGAUUAAGUUAAUUCUAGAAUGUUGGUUUUGUAAUUGAUUAACUUGUCCUUGUAUUUUUUGUUGUUAAUGAUUUUAGAUUCAAAAUUCAGGAGGAUGAUAAAUGCCAAUGAGAAGGAAAAAUAAUGUUUUGUAUGUAUUGUAGGAUUUAAAUAUGGGUUGACGAUAAGAGUAUUUUAGAGCAGAAGGCAAACUGUAUAGUAUUGUGGUUAAGAGUUACAGCUUUGGAGUCAGAUAUGGUUCAAAGUCUUGUACUGCCACUUUCUACCUGAGUAACAUUAAACAAGUUAUUUUUUAUUUCCAAGCCCCAGAUUCCUUGGUUGUAAAAUAAGAAACAAUAAAUAGUAUCUACCUCAGAGAGACUAUGUUUGUUAUCACACAGUAUACUAAGGAUUUAACCUGCAUCAUCCUGUUUAAGUUUUGUAAUACCCUUAUUGUAAGUGCAAAAAAUAAUAUAAAUAUGCUUCCUAUAGCUGCUCUUCAUUCUACUUUAAAUCUCUACUAGAUAUUUCAGUAACAAAAUUGGAAUAGAAGAAAUAACAGUGGUAGCAAAUAAGUGGUGGAAGCUAUUAAAAUACUGUGGAAAAAAAUAAAAUGGUAAACUUUGUUCCCCCCAUUCUGUUUGACCUGAGGGUACUAAAGUGUCCAUUUUUGCUCACUGCUCUUCCUAAUUCCCACAACGGUGCCUAUCACAUAGUAGGCAGUCAAUAAAUAUUAAUGAAUGGAUGGACAUUCUU